UCUGCUAGUAAUGAAUAACCAUUUUCGAGGUCCGGUUUUUAUUCUGUUUUGUGCAGUCAGUGACCAAAAUAAGUGCGCGAUCAAUUGUGUUUCGUUCAGGACGCGGAACCUUUUCGAGAUCUGGGAAAAGGACGUCUAUGGUAAUGAAGUACAGCGCCUUGGGCGGCCCCUGCCAGUAGAAUAUCUUUUGGUGGACGUGCCCGCAUCGACUCCGAUGGUUCCUUUGUUCACAUUCCACGAGCGAAAAGAUGUCAGUCAGUACUUCCCGGUCGAGAACCGAAUGAUCGAUGGACACAUUCAGGACUUCUCCACCCUUAGCGAAUAUCUCGCCAAAUCACGGUCGAUGGACUUCUUAGAGUCCAUGUCUGAUUUCCAUUUGCUAUUCUAUCUUUAUUGUAUGGAUAUGCUCCCGAUGAAGUCGCAAAUGGAUCCGCUAUUAGAGGCUGUUCGUAACAAGGAUAAGACCGCCGCCUCUGAGUGGAAGAACCAGGAAGUGUGGCGAACUCUGGAACAAUUGAUCUCUGCCAGUUCACACCAUGACGACUCCAGCAUGAGUAAUGACGUGGAAUUCGUGUCAGCCGGUGAGGCGGAACAGAACUGGACCUGCAAUCAUUGUACGUUCAUCAAUAGUCGGGAACUGCCAACGUGCGAAAUGUGUAAUCUGCCCAGGGCCUAAAACUAUUAAAUGUACGUACUAUUAGUUGCCAAUGGGUAGAAAAUUUUAGCAAACAGCAGCAACUCUAACUAUUGCAAAUUGUACGUUAUCUACCUACCACAAAUAAUGGUUAAAUUGUUCAGUUCAGCGAAAUGAUGAAUAUAUCAAAAACUAUUUUUGAAUUGGAUGCAUAAGUAUCAAUAUUUCGCAGCGCAGAAAGGUCAAACUAUUUGUUAAAGUACAGUUUACUUGCAAAUAGCUUGAGCGGGGACGUGAUAGGUAAAAAAUAAUCAAUUUGAUUCUUAAUGAUAAGAAAAUAUUUAUUUUCAAAUAAAAAAAUGUGAUUGAAGUCGGUAAGUAAGAA